CCUAUAAAUCUCUCGCGCCACGCCGAUCUCCGGAGAGAAAGGUUUUGGACAAGCAGCUUGUCGCAUUCACAAAUCAUAAGCUCUCGUUGGUCAUUUCGUUCACAGCUCCUAGACUCCUAGUUCGCGCGCACAGCUACUUGGUCCAUCGGUCGAUCGGCCGGCCAUGUCGACCCAGAACCUGGCGUCGUCGGCGAAAUGCGCGGCGUGGGCGCAGGAGAGGCGCCCGUUCACGCGCCCGAUCGACAUCCCGUCGGUCUCGGGCGCGCCGGACGAGCGGCGAGGGGGCGCCGGCGAGGAGGAGGACGGCGAGCGCUCGCCGCCGCACGUGCUGAUGGCGCGGCGCAGGGAGGCCUUCUCGGUGUGCUCCGGGCAGGGGCGGACGCUCAAGGGCCGGGACCUCACGCGGAUGCGCGACUCCGUCCUCCGCAUGACCGGAUUCAUCGAGGGCUAAUGCAUGGCGGACGCGCGCGCCGGGCUGCACUGCCGCUGCCACGGCCUGCACGUCGGUUCAUUCAGUUCGUUUGUGGAGUUAGAUAGCUAGCUACGAACCUAGAAAUUUAUGUCGAUGAAUUUUCUUCGAUCGAUCGGUCUCGAUCGUUUGUGAGUUGUUGUAAGCAGCGAGAGGUGCAACUAAUCUCCGCUAGCGUGUGAUUGGUGUAAAUUUGCUCUAUGUCUGAUUCUUCGUGAAUUGAUUGGAA